CACAUUUCCGCAGAUGUUUAGGAAAAUGCCUCUUGAGAGAUCUGAGGAUUGCUCUUCUGGGAAAGAAUGUGUCAGAAAACAACAGAGUGGCAAACGUAAUCUUGGGGACAAAUAUGUUUGAGACACUUCCAGAACUUCCAGUGGAGAGGAAGUUUCAGCAGCACAGCCAGAGAGUCAGAGGAAGACUGACUAACAGACGUGUGAUGGUCAUCAACAGUCCUCAGCUUCUCCAGCCUUACCUGUCACUCCAUCAGAUCACACAGGCAGUGAGAGAGUGUGUGAAUCUGUCUGCUCCAGGACCUCAUGUGUUCAUACUCAUACUGCAGCAUAAUGACUUCACUGAGGAGGAUGGAUACAGAGUGAAAAGUGUGCUGAAAGAAUUCAGUGAAGAGGCGAUUAAACGCACUAUAGUGAUCACGACUGAUGAAAAGACAUACAUAUUAAAGAUUAGUUCUAUGAUCAAGAAUAAUGCAAUCCAUCAGUUAAUAAAGGAGUGUGGAGGAGGACAUCUGCAGUUUGAUGAAAGAAAACCAGAAUGGCUCUCAGAGAUAUUCAGUAGAGUUGAUACGAUGCUCAAGGGAAACCAUGAAGAGUAUCUCACAUGUGAGAUAUAUAAAGAUGGUAUAGGGACAUCAGUGGAUGAAGAGCAGAUCAGAUCUGAUGAUUCAGUCAGAUCAGAGGAAGAAAGCAAGAAGAGUUCUCACCACAAAGAUGAUGGAAAAUCCAAAGAGAGACAGAAAUGGGAAAGUGAUGAAG